UCGUCGCCUCCAUCUCGAGCUCGCGCCACUGCACGCUUCAUCGAGACCUCGUCGUCAGGGACUCCGUCGCCCCAGCACGCGCCGCUGCAACCGCGUCCGCAGCAGCCUCCAACCGUCGCCGUCCGCUCCAGGAGCUCAUGCUCAACGCCUCUGCUCUCCGACGUCUCCGUCGCGGACAUCAUCGACCCAGCGCGACGGCCAGGCCCUGCACCACGUCUCUGCGUGUCCGCUGGCAGUCGCUCGUCCCGGCCUUCUCCAUCCUCGCCUCAAGGUCGUCGUUCCCAUCUGCUUCCAUGUUGGCCAAGUCCAAGGCGUGGCUUUUCCUGCUGGAUCUGCGUCACCAUAUUGUUGCUCGCCGGCCGGCCAGAUCUCCAUCUUUGGCUCGCUCAAGAAGUGUCGCCGCCGCCUUGGAACAACAGCAGCAGCGUAGCCAGCUGCUAGUGUUCCCUUCGGUGAGAAACGCCUGCAGUACCGCUGUCCCAAUCAGCAUCCAGUCAGCGUCUGGGUCCCGCGCGUCAGGCUCUGUGGCUAACCCGUGAUCGCAUUUGAUUCUUCACGGAUAGGAUCACGAAGUGGUGUGGUGAGAU